GUAAACACGUGGAGAUUGGACACAAUUUGUCGUGGUUGGUGUUACGAAAAGGUGAAACUUUAGAGAUUUAACGAGAGUAGAAUUUGUCUGGAGUCUUUUUCCCCUAUCUUCUAUGAUCAUUCUUAUGUGACGGUUACCAUGCAAGGUGGUCGAUGUCUUCAAAGAACACCGUUUAAGUUUGGUAUUCAAGAGAGAAGGUCGUUGGAGUUUGUCGUUCAAAUUUGUUAAGAUUACAAUAGUCUUCGUUUAUCCCUGUCAUCGUCAUUGUAUCGACUCGGGUAGUAUCCAAGGAUUGUUUGCUGUAACUGGCUUAUGUUCAUGCAGUUAGAUAACCAUGUCUCCAUUGUCGCUCGUACCUUAUACCCUAUUCUUCUUGCUAUUUGCCAACGGAGACUCACCAGAUAUCGUGCUGGGCGGAUCUUCUCCGAGCGUUGCUUUCCAGCAUCGAAAGUCUCCGAUGGUGGUGGUGGUAAAACUCCGUGCGGAGAACUCAACCCUACGAGAGCGGUGCACAAACUUGCGAUGAAAUUUGCCAUAUCCGAGAUCAACAAAAGAAACGAUAUUCUUCCGGGGAUAGUACUUGCCACCAUAUUUAAAGAGACCUGCUGUGAUCAGGAUUAUGCUGUAAAUGAAACUUUGAAUUUUGAUUUCGUCAAAGACGCUUUUCGAAAAGAACCGAUGAAUGCGGGUCACGUGACCUGCAGUGUUGUAGUAAUGAGACGCAGAUUGACAAACCAGUGGCGGCGAUUAUUAUUGCCGCAAAUAGUCAUAUUCAUAAAUAAUCCCGAGCUGACUGACGUUAUCUCACGAAAAGUUCCAGUGAUCAGCUUUACUGCUACGAGUCCUUCUUUGAGUAAUAUGGACUAUUUUCUACGCACUGUGCCUCCGGAUUCCGUCGUCGUUGAAGUUAUGGUUGAUCUCAUACAAAAAUUGCGAUGGAACAUAGUAAUGGUUCUUUAUGUAGACAAUGAGUUUGGUCAUUAUGCCGCUGAAGGCUUUAGGAGGGCAAUCAGGUUGACAAUGCCAAAGAUUUGUAUAGUUCAUGAUGAUAAAUUUAAGCCAAACUCUGAUAAAGCUGAGAUUAUGCGAGUUGUUAAAGAUAUUACAAACGUUACCAAGUCAAGAAUUAUCGUAUUUUUUGGUACAAAAGAGGAUUUUGCAUUUUUCCAUAAGCGAAGCGGUUCGUUUAACGCGAAUGACUACGUCUGGAUUUCGUCCGAGUUGUGGUACAGUUCGGAACUAACAUCCAUUUUACAUAAAGUGGAAAACAUCCUAGCAAUUGUACCAAAGCAAAGCUUUCUUUCGGAUCACUUUCUCGAAUACUGUGCACGGCACAUGCACGUGAACAUCACGUCUGCAUGUCUGAAAGAGAACGUGGAAAGAUCAGUUCACGUUAUUCCACUGAUAUUGAACGCCGUUUUUGCUGCUGCUGCGGGUAUUCAUCAUAGCCUGGGUUGCGAACGCGUUACAUCAUGUCGCAAUAGGCUUGGCAAUACCUCUCUAAGUUCCUUGUUAAGAAAUUUGAAAAAUUUGAAUGAGACCAACCAUCUUACCAACCAGAUCAUAUCAUUUGAUGAGAACCGCAACCCCCCCGAAUUUCGUUUUCCGUUUUCAAGCUCAAUCACACCAUCGCUGUACAACGAGGCCAAACAGACCAUGACGUCAUUGGCAACUGGUUCUGUUCUCGGACUACGUGUAAGGGACUUGUCUGGUAAUGUCAGCAGUUUUAUUAACUACCAUGCCUUCGAUUCUACUUGUGGUAUCAACUGCCACAAAGGCUCGUAUAAAUUAGUGAAAGAAGAUUAUCCUGACUGCUGCUGGACGUGCAAGAAAUGCACCGGGAACAUGUAUACGAACAGUUCCGAUCAAUUAAGCUGUUUGAAAUGUGCAGAGGAUCGAUGGCCCAAUGAUAACCACUCGUCUUGUGAUCCAAUCAAGCAUGAAUAUUUGAGCGUCUUUUUCACCCCAGGUGUUCUUCUUCUUGUGUGGAACAUCUUGGGCAUCAUAGGGAUAGUGAUCAUUAGUGGUGUAUUCGUGAAGCACAGCUCCUCUCACAUUGUGAAAGCUUCAAGUAGGACAUUGUCAUUGCUGUUGCUGCUAGGAAUAUUUAUGGAAUUUGUGAUAGUCUUAACGUCACUUCGGGAACCACAGAAAGCUUGGUGUACCACGAUGUUCGUACUUACUCACGCCACAAGAUGUCUUGUUGCUGGAACGUUAUUAAUGAAGACAAAUAGAAUUCAUCGAAUCUUUAGGAAGACCGCCAUGAUAGAGCCUCCGCGGUGUCUUGGAAAUAACUGUCAACUACUCAUCAUCGUGAUUAUAGUAUUUAUCUCAAUUAUCAUCUCCACAACGGCGCUUUUUGUCAAUCCCGAACUUGGAAAUGAGCUAAUACUUUACGUUAAAAAAGAAAAAAAGAAAACGGCGUUCUUACUUUGCAAUUUUAUCGGAAGAACUUUCCAAAACACUAAACUUCAUAUUCUCCUGUGGAGCUACGAAUAUGGCUUGAGCUUUAUAUGCACAUAUCAGGCCUACCUGGUACGCAAGGUCCCAGAGAAUUACAACGAGGCGUGGUACAUCACCAUCACCAUGGUAACUAUUUCAACGAACAUUUUAAUAUAUUUUAUAAGUGUGAUCGGUGCGCAAGACAAAAACAAAGCAUAUGUGUAUUUCACUGUUAAAAGCCUCACAGCAACCGUUGCCUUAGGAUGUAUGUUCAUUCCAAAGGUCUACAUCAUCAUAUUUAAGCCGGAAAAAAAUGUCCCGCACAACGUAGCCUCCAUACAACUGGGUACAUUUGUGGAUUCUAAGUCCAGUGUUGUAAAAUCAACAGAGAGAACUUCAAAUGUCCCGCACAAGCCUCCAUACAACUGGGUACAUUUGUGGAUUCUAAGUCCAGUGUUGUAA